UCAGAGAUGCUGGAUCAUUUGGAGAGCCUUCCCGUUCUGCGCAUCGCCCUCCCUCACCGACUGUCGUGGAGACGGACGAAAGAGCCAGAUAACCGGCCUUUACAGCUCACAUGUCCGCGUCGGGGCGCCACUAGAGGAUUAAUGAGCCACAAAGGCACCAGACUUCUGCUUGAAGGCGCAUUUUGGUGUUUUGCAGCGUGACGGCUGGAGUGUUUUAUCCGUCGUUUCCAGAUUCACGAGAGGAAACCUGGACCUCCACUGAUGGAACAGGGUCACUCCAACGCUCUCCUGCAGCCUCCAACACCACCUAACAUUUCCUGAAGAACGUGUCCACCUCCUGCUCCCAACAAACAUGGACUGUUUCCCCAUGCUUUAUUUUCUGUCGAGACAUCAUGAUUCCUGGUAAUCGAAUGCUGAUGGUCAUUUUAAUAUGCCAAGUCCUGCUGGGAGAGAGCAGCCAUGCUAGUCUGAUACCUGAAGAAGGGAAAAAGAAAGUACCUGGCCUGCAGGGUCGCUCGGCCACUCAGAGCCAUGAACUGUUGCGGGACUUUGAGGCCACGCUGCUGCACAUGUUCGGCCUCAAAAGACGUCCACGUCCAAGCCGCUCCGCCACCGUGCCUCAAUAUCUUCUGGACCUCUAUCGGCUACAAUCCGGGGAGGCCGAGGAGCUUGGAGCGCAUGGCAUCGCUUUUGAGUACCCGGAGAGGUCGGCGAGCCGGGCCAACACGGUGAGGGCCUUCCACCAUGAAGAGCACAUGGAGAGGAUCCAUGAGGUGGGUGAUGGAGAAUCCAUGCCGAUCCGCUUCCUGUUCAACCUCAGCGGCAUUCCAGAGGAUGAGCUGCUGUCGUCCGCAGAACUAAGGCUCUACCGGCAUCAGAUUGAUGAGGCCAUCGCGGACAGCCUCUCAGACAACCGGGGCCUCCACCGGAUAAAUGUUUACGAGGUGCUGAAAGCCCCGCGGCCUGGGCAGCUCAUCACGCAGCUUCUGGAUACGCGGCUCGUGCACCACAAUGUGUCACAAUGGGAGAGCUUCGACGUCAGCCCCGCCGUGCUGCGCUGGACUCGCGAGGGCCUCUCUAAUCACGGACUGGCUGUGGAGGUUCUGCACCUCAACCAGACUCCGAGUCACCAGGGCCGCCAUGUCCGUGUCAGCCGCUCUGUACACCAAAAACCCGGAGAGGAUUGGGAGCAGCUACGCCCUCUUCUGGUUACUUUUGGUCAUGACGGAAAGGGUCACCCGCUAACCCGGCGGACCAAACGCAGCCCCACCAAAAAGGGCGGUAAGCGCAAACGCAGCUGCCGGCGUCACUCACUGUAUGUGGACUUUAGCGAUGUAAACUGGAAUGACUGGAUAGUGGCGCCCCCUGGCUACCAGGCCUUUUACUGCCACGGGGAUUGCCCGUUUCCUCUUGCAGAUCAUUUAAACUCAACCAACCACGCCAUUGUUCAAACACUGGUGAACUCUGUGAACAGCAACAUUCCCAAGGCCUGCUGUGUACCAACUGAGCUCAGCGCCAUCUCCAUGCUCUACCUAGACGAACACGACAAGGUGGUCCUAAAAAACUAUCAGGAAAUGGUGGUAGAGGGCUGUGGCUGCCGCUAGCGCGCAAACUCACUACAACCUGGACUCAAAGUGGCAACUCAAACAAAAUAAUGUGGAAGCCCUUCCCCCCCAAAAAAAUUACAACUUCUUGUCUCCCAAAAUGUUCACUUGGACCCUUAUUUAUAACUUUUAUGAGGUGUACGUUUGUCUCACUAAUUUGUUUCUUGACAAUAUGAUCAUAUAUUUUGACAAAAUAUAUAUAUUUAUAUCUACAUAUAAAAAAUAAAUUGAAUUCUUAUUUUAAACACAAAAAAGCUGUUUUACUUGUCAUAAUGUAUAUUAGAUUGUCUUUUUUGACGGAGAAAAUGGUAAAAACUCUUUAUUUACUGGUAAUAUUUACUACUUUGAUGUUAUGCAACAAAAUAAAACAUGGAUAUCUUUCA